UCAUACCAUACAUAUACACCUUUUUCAGCUUUUAAACGUCUUUACAGUUUCAUUCCUACAUUUCCCCCUUCCUAUAUAUACUGUCUCAUUCCCUGCACAGACUCCGUCUUAACCUUCACUCUCACACUCACUCACUGUCUCUUCGGUGCGCAGCGGGUUGGGCCGAGGACAGUGUGUGCAUACCACAUUUUAUUAAUAAUGGCUCGGAAACUGCUUGUGUUUACGGCUUUGAUCUGCAUUGCCGUCGCCGGCGUCUCCGGACAGUCUCCAUCUACUUCUCCGACUGCAACUCCUGCUCCGCCUACUCCUACCACCCCUGUCUCCACUCCCCCUACCACCACAGCUUCGCCUCCUCCAACUUCUCCCACACCACCAGCAGCUACACCACCUCCGACUUCGUCUCCGCCUCCUGUUUCUUCCCCUCCGCCAGCUGUAACUACUCCACCCCCAGCUACUCCUCCUCCUGUUGCCUCUCCUCCGCCUGUUGCCACUCCUCCUCCCGUGAGCUCCCCCCCACCUGCAUCUCCUCCUCCGGCUGUUCCUCCACCCGUUCAGACUCCGCCUCCUCCAGUUCCGUCUCCUCCGCCUCCCGCUCCUACUCCGCCCCCACCGGCUGCUCCUACCCCUGCUCCACUCGCUUCACCACCAGCUUCUGUUCCAGCUCCAGCUCCAUCAAAGCCGACGUCUCCUGCGCCGUCUCCAUCGUUGCUGAGCCCUCCGGCACCUCCAACUGCAGCUCCAGGUCCGAGUCUUCAGGCGCUUUCUCCUGCUCCAUCAGCCACCGAUCAGAGUGGAGCAAAUGCAGUGUGGUCGUUGCAGAAGAUCAUCGGUAGCUUUGUUUCCGGAUGGGCUGUGGUCUAUUUGCUACUUUAGAUUAUUACUUUAUCUGGCUAUUGACUUCCGAGUUCCGGCCCAUAUAUAUAUCUAUAUAUUUGUAUUUGUUGCAUUUAGCCCAUAGGGUUCUGGUUCUGGUUUGGAGUUUUUGGCUUCAUUGAUUUGGAUUCUUUCGGCACCUUUUGGAUCUUAUUUUUGUAUUGAAACUCUCAGGAGUGAGUUAUUGUUCAUGAGACUAUCCUAGCUACUCUGUUUCAUCUCUCAACAUUCAUCCUUGUUCUUGUUAAUACUGUUAUAUUAACGUUCUCUCUUGCGAAA